AUGACGACAUAUGAUGACCUGACAUGGAUUCUGCAUCUGUUGCAGGUGCUCUUACAUGUUAGAAGUAAGUGUCAUCCAGAGUUUUCUCUCUUUAGACUUGAGAUCUGCCUUGAAAUAGGAUCUGGAUCUGGUGUGGUUUCAGCAUUUCUAGCUUCUUCCAUUAUUGGAUCCAAUGCACUGUACAUAUGUACAGAUAUCAACCCGCUGGCAGCUUACUGUACACUGGAGACAGCUCUGCUUAACAAUGUUCACCUCCAGCCAGUCAUUACUGACUUGGUCAAAGGACUGUCUCCAAGAUUAAAUGGGAAGGUUGAUCUACUGCUGUUUAAUCCACCAUACGUGGUAACACCUUCUGAAGAGGUGCAAAGCCAUGGAAUAGAAGCAUCCUGGGCUGGGGGCAAAAAGGGCAGAGAAGUAAUGGAUAGAGUUUUUCCAUUAGUACCAGACCUACUUUCACCGGGAGGAUUAUUCUACUUGGUCACAAUUAAAGAAAAUAAUCCAGAUGAAAUUCUGGAAAUGAUGAAGAAAUGUGGCUUAGAAGGCACACGAGCACUUUCCAGGCAAGCAGGACAAGAGAUGCUUACUGUCCUCAAAUUUAGGAAGUCUUGAUAACUGCUCUUAACCUUCCAGAUACUAUGCAUAUGGGAAGUUGAACACGGAUUACUGAAGUUGUCAAAUCAAUUUUUAAGCCAGGAUUUUCACCCUCUUAAGGUGUAUCCUCACCUCCUGAUUACUGCAGUGAAACUGAUCAAGACUGGAUUUAUUUUUUUAUUCUGGAUGUUAACCAGCUGUUACCUGCUGUCAGAGUUAUAGUUGUCCUCUGGCUAUCUGCAGGGCAGUUGUGGGGGAACUGUGAAAUAACCUGCCUUGUUGCACUAGCACUUCAGCACUAAAGACUUUUUCCUCUAUAAAUAGGUAUUUGUAUAUUUGCCAUUGUGGCUUAUUAAAAUAAUGGCUUAUAA